AUGGCUUCCGCAGAUAGACAACUGGGCGUUACGCCGCCCAUCUCGAUGGCGCUGCCCACGCCUGCCGAGAUCGAAGCGAAUAAUGCCAUGGUGGAAGAGCUGAGGAAACAAGGCAUCUUCGAGAGCAAGGAGGAGACAGACAAGAGGAACCUGGUUCUCGAAUCCCUCCAGAAAAUGUGCGACGAGUUUGUUACCCGAGUGGCCCAAGAAAAAGACCAAGGCCUUGCCCGGGAUGCCCGAGGCAAGAUCUUCACAUACGGCGGUUUCCGUCUCGGCGUGUUUGGACCUGGCUCCGAUAUCGAUACCCUCGUCGUGGCCCCCAAGUACGUCACACGCGACGAUUACUUUGCCAUCUUUCCCGAUCUUCUCCUCGAGAUGGCCCCCAAGGGAGCCAUCACCGGCCUUGCCGUCGUCACCGAUGCCUUCGUCCCCAUUAUCAAGUUCGAGUACUGGGGUAUCAGCAUAGACAUGAUCUUCUCAAGGAUCGCGAUGCUUAAGAAACUUCCAACGAACACAUCGCAGUUUAACCUCACCGAUACCGCUCUUCUACGAGGCCUCGACGAAACAGAAAUCCGAUCGCUGAACGGAACGCGCGUGGCCCACGAGAUUCUCGAUCUCGUCCCCGAGCAGAGUACCUUUCAGAUGGCCCUACGCGCCAUCAAGCUAUGGGCCCAGAGGCGUGCCAUUUACGCCAACGUUAUGGGUUAUCCCGGUGGUGUCGCCUGGGCCAUGCUAGUUGCCAGGGUUUGCCAGCUCUAUCCCCGGGCCACGGCGGCGACCAUUGUGAGCAAGUUCUUCUGCAUCAUGCGCCAAUGGCCUUGGCCCCAACCCGUUCUUUUGAAGCACAUUGAGCGCGCGCCCUUGGGGUACAGGAUCUGGAACCCCGUAGUCUACCCCUCGGAUAAGCACCACCUGAUGCCCAUCAUCACCCCUGCUUACCCUUCCAUGAAUGCCGCCUACAACAUCAACAGGUCGUCCAUGUCUAUCAUCCAGACGGAGCUCUCCCGGGCCGACGGUAUUACCGACGGGAUCGUGGUGGGCCAAAGGCCCUGGUCCGACCUCUUCGAGAAGCACACCUUCUUCACGGCGGACUACAAGUAUUAUCUGGCCAUCGUCUCAUCUGGUAUCACCAAGGACGCCCACAAGAAGUGGUCCGGCUUCGUCGAGUCCAAGGUCCGCAUGCUCGUGUUGGCUCUCGAUAGGCACGAUACCAUCGCGCUCGCGCAGGCCUUCGUCAAGGGAUACGACCGGGUUCACAAGUGCAACGCCGACUCCGAGAUACAAAAAGUUCAGCAGGGUGAUCUCGCGUACAUGAUCAAGGAGGAGGACGCGCCCAAGGAGGAGCAGACUAGUCCCGUCAAAUCGGAGACCAAGCCGGACCCCGGCGCGAACGAGAAGAACUCUGCGGGUGGCAGCAACAGCAACGGGGAUGUCGCGGGCUCUGCCGAUGCGGUGAAGAAUGAGGAGGGAGCGAAUGGCGUUAAGGCUGGGGAUGAAAAUGUGUACAUUUAUACGACGACGCACUAUAUUGGACUGGCUCUCCGGCCAGGACAAAAAAGCAUCAACCUUGCCAAUGAGGUCGGCGAGUUUAAGAAGCUUUGCAAGGGCUGGGAGAAGUUUGAUCACCAACUCAACGCCAUUACGGUGCAGCACCUACGAAACUCGGACCUUCCCGAUGAUGUAUUUGCCGAAGGCGAGGUGAAGCCCAGGAAGAGGGUUGUGCGAAAGGCAAAUGGAACCGGACCCUCCCCGCCCGUAGAUGCUAAGCAGGCCACGAACGGAACCACUUCUCAGGUCGAUUCUAAGAAGCGCGCUGCCGCUGAGACCGGAGCUGCCGCACCCGCUGCGAAGAGGCGACAGCCUGCUUCGGUUGUGGCCGCCGGUUAA